CUUCCCGGUUCACCUAGUCCUCCUCUUCCUCCACCUUCUUAUCCCGCUCUUCUCGUUCGUCAUCUCUCUGUUCAUCUUCGGAACUAAUGUAAAUCAGUGUAGAGGCUCAGUGGUAAAGGAGGAGCAAUAGAGCCGUUUUAAAAUGACAAUGGAUCACCGACCGUCGAGGGUGUGACCCACUAUAUAUGAACAAGUAGGGGGCCGGGUGCACUUAGUUUUCAUUUUGAAUUUGCCGCUGUUCUGGCAACAUGGUUAGGGUGACCGCGGUUAGUUAUCAAGUAUUUCUAGUUCUCCUAGUGUCUGGUAAGUUGUACGCGGAAGAGAUUAAAACUGAUGAGGGUGAAAAGGAAGAAAAUUCAACUUUAAUUUCCACGUCUACCGAACGACAGGCGAAAAGAUACUCGUUCAACGAUGACGGUUUGAACGAUAACUCUUUCCAAGCUUCAAACCCAUCCUUCAUCAAAGAACUCACCUUCACAACACCAGCCCCGAAAAACUCGCAACUCUUCCAUCACGACAACAUCGUUCUAAUAUCGGAUAACUCGAACGCAGAGUCGUCGGUUCCCGUCGUGGAAAACUAUUUCAACCACGAUUUCCCGCCGUACGAGACCAACCGCUCCGCUUACAACAAGGACCAGUCACCGUCGGCUGCGUCCCUUAUCAAUCAGGGCUAUGAAGGGUUCACAAGGGAGGCUAAGGAUUACACUUACUCGUAUCCUUAUCCUUCGGCGUCGUCUUCGUCCUCAGGAUCGUCGGGGUCCUUCCACAAUGACCCGGGUACCGCCAGCUACUACUAUCACUCCCCUCAGGAUGAUAAGAACUACUGGAACACUGCGCCUCCUGCUCAGGAUGGAAAACCAGGCACUCAAACAAUGCUGGAAUGCUACCCGCCGAGCUCUGGCUUCUUCAGCGAGCUGAUCCGGCUGGGAGGGAUCGCCAAGGUGAGCCUCGUGAAAGCCCUCCUCAUCGGAGUGCUUGCCCUACUUGUCCUCAAGAUCCCGGCGCUGCUCCUGCUCAAAGCACUCGUCUUCAAGGUGGUCGUUCUGCCCUUCGCUCUGAUCAGCAUCAUGCUGCCAGUUCUGCUGCCUUUGGCCUACUUCUUCUGGCCGAAUCUGUCAAUGGCCUUAGGUCUGGCCACGCCCAAACCACCCGCAUCUCCAGCCGGCAACGCGACCAACGCGACUACUGUCGCACCACCGGGAAGAAGGAGCUUCGGAACCCCCUGGCCGGUCCCCGACAACCUACAGGAGAUACUCAACAACUUCGUGCAGUCGGAGAGGUGCCUGGAGAGGAUCGCUUGCAAACUGGGCACCCGUGAUAGCAAGUCUGCCUACAGGAAGCAUGUUUCAUGGCUUCUGAAGAAGUUACAAGUCUCAGUUGAUGCUCCUCUGAGAACGAAGUUCAAGCACUACAGGGACGCCUACAACUUAGGAGCCAGUACCAAGGAGGACAUCUGUGAUCGAGGCCUUUUCCCUUGUCACAUUCCGAAACUGCUCAUCCGACAAAGUUCACGAACCUACGAGAUCCUGUAGACGCAUAAUCACUCAAAUUUCAACAAUGUUUGAUCAACAAUCUGGUGCAAUAAUAUUAGCCUUCUUCAAAUUUCAAUUACAACCAUGUAUUGAAUGAUUAAUUGAACAUGGAUUUGAAUUAUUUUUGAUAUUCGAUUAAAAUUCAAAACUCUUUAAAUUUGAUUCAACUGAGAAAUAAAUUUAGAAUGUUCAAAAUGUUUACAAAUAUUAAUGUAUUUUUGAUUCGAAUUGAUAUACUUGCAAUUUUAAUGUUUUCUUAGCUGCGAUGAAAAAUUCGAUUGAGUUCUACAAGUUUUCAAAUCGUAAUAAACACGUCCAAUCCCAUUUGUUUCAUCGAUGAGAAAUUAUUUAUUUAUAUAUCUAUUUUGUACAGUGAGUUGAAGUUUUAUUUAUUUUUUGUAUUAAAAGAACUUUACUUA